AUGCAGUUCAAUUUUAAAAAUUUUUCCACAAAAACUGCUCAUAAAGCUAGGAUCAGACGAUGCAAAUUCUUGCAGCAACUUUGUCGCGGCAACCAGGUAAAGCAAGAAAAGGCUGAUAAUGUCAAAACAUUGCAAGUAAAACAUUACGGAGCAAAGUGGGAAGAAGAUGAUGAGUUGUUGUACUUUUUUGCACGAGGUAACCUGGUCCCAGAUUUAAAAGAAACUCCAGAUUUAUGUGCUUUUACAGGGCGUCAAAAUUCUAAAUCCAACCUUGCAUUUUAUUGGAAGUACGGCGCUGUACAUCGGAUUGCCGCACCAGCAGUUUGCGUUACGGCGUGGAAUUUUGUUUCCGCUAUUCGAGCUGCCGCAAGGUCCGGCACGGAGCGGACACGCGCAGCGUUCACUGCAUUGCAGUCAGUUGCUUUGCGGUCGCUGUGCAAGUACGUGUUUCUACAAAAAAACAUCACACCACACGUAACCUCACAUUAUGCAACUAACUGUUUGAUCGAUAAAAUGUCCUUUAAAGAAGAGUUUCUCAUUAAAACCAUUGAAAAUCAUCCGGUUAUAUACGAUAAGUCUUUGGCCGCUUAUAAGAAUACGAAUGCGCGUGAAAAGGCUUGGACUGAAGUUGGUAAAAUUUGUAAUUUGGAAGAUAUAGAAUACAUCAAGAAAAGAUGGAGAACAUUACGAGACGCUUUCAUAAAAAACUACAGGUCCUCAAACAUAGCAAAAAACGGAAAGAAAAAAAGAAAAUGGAUAUUUUUCGACCAAAUGCUGUUUUUAGUUCCUCACAUAGAGUACAAAGACACAGGGUCAAAUCAGGCACAACAUGAUGAUGAUUCCUUUGCGGAAACCUUUCAAAUCGUUACAAAUAAUGAUAAUAAUGAUGAUGAAGAUGACGAUGAUAAUGAGGAUGAAACAGUAGAAGAAGCUCAGUCUAGUCAAGGCCAUGAAAUAGAAAAUAGAAAAAUAAGAUUUAUAAAGAAAAAAUAUGACGCGGAUGAGUGUUUUAUGUUAAGUUGCGUUCCAUGUCUAAGGAGACUAAGUCCACAAAAUAACAUGCUGGCGAGGAUACAGAUUCAAAACUUACUUUUUAAGUUGGAGUUUGGGGAAAAUUUGGAGGAGUUUUAUUCUUCUACUAGUAAAAACUCGACGAUACACAAACGAGAAUGAGGCAUAUGUUUGUACAGAUAUUUUUAUAUUAUAUUAUAAAUCAUUGCGUUUUUUAAAACUGUUUUAUUUAAUAAUAAGUCCCUGUAUAUUUUUGACAAAAUGAUUUACAAAAACAUUGACGAGUAUUGUCAAAUUUCUGCAUUGUUCAAUAAUAUUUCAAAAUUCCUAUGAUUUAAUUUUCUUAUAUUAUAUUUCUUAGAUAAGGAUGACAAACAUAAAGUCACGCCUGAAUAAAAGAAUACACGAGAUAAAACGACAAGAAAAAAAGAAAAAGGAUAUACAACGCGUGUACGAGCACAUGUUAUUUCUUGUUCCUAGUUCCUUGCUUGACGAAGACAUUGAUGAUGGUGAACUCGAUGAAAAUCCUUUCUUAGAUCGUGAAAAUGCAUAUAAUAUGAAUGUAAGCGAAGAAGUUCAAUACAGUCGAAAUGAUACUUUGGAAAUAGUAAACAUGUUAAAACAAAAUUACGAGGCUGAUCCACCUAACACGGAAGCUCCAUGUAGUCCAGAUGGAACAACUGUUAUGAAUGACGUUCUAAAGAAGAAUAACGAGAACGUAAACAACAAAUAUGACGCUGAUUCAAAAUAUUUUGGAGAUUUUUUAAGGAAAAAUAACAACCCUGAAAUAAAACAUUUCCUAAAGAAAAAUCACCAUGCUAAUUCAAAAGAUAUUAAGAACUUGAUGAAGCGACAUUUUGAUACCCACACCCUCAUCAUGCAGGCAAAGGUAAGCAGAAAGGACACAAUGGAUAUGAAAAACUUAAUAAGAAAGAAUAACGAAGUUGACUCUCUUGAGCUCAUAGUUGAAAGUCCGUGUUUAAAAAUUGAAAAUGAAAAUGCCGUAAACGCUAAAUGCACGAGUCAAAAUGAUGAAACUGAGAGCUUCAUAAAAGCAGAAGUUGUUUCCUCCAAAAAUAAAAAGAAUGAGUAUGACGCAGAUGAGUGCUUCAUGUUGAGUUGCGUUCCUUGUUUGAAACGUCUAAGUCCCCAAAAUAACAUGAUGGCCAGGAUGCAAAUUCAGAAUUUUCUGUUUAAAUUGGAGUUUGGGGAACAUUUGGAAAAUAUUUGUUCGUUAACAAAUAGAAUUUCAAUAACCAGCAAAAAAGAGAAAUAUAAUAUUUUGAAUGCUGUAUAAACAUAGUUAUGUGAAUCUGUGAGUCAAUAAACAAUGUUUAAUCCACUCCACUUUUAUUAUUUGUUAGGUCAACU